GAAAUGCAUCGUGAACUGAUACGAUGUCGUUUACGUCAUGAUGACGUAAUUUAUUAGAAAAAGGCACCAACAAUGUAUAUCACAGUUGAGUAUGGUGACAACCAAAAUCUUCUAGUUAAUCCUGAUUGUCCAACGAAGAUCUUUACAGAAUAUAUCCAUAAGAAGUGUAAUUUUCCAAAAGACACACUGAUAGAUUUGACAGACGAACAUGCCACACAGUUUGAUUUGUUCGCCAAAGAUCCCUUCGAGAGUGCCUUUCUGUUGUUUCAGAUGAGGCACACGUAUCUGGUUUGCACUGUUGAAUUACAUGAAGACAAGUCCUUAAAGAAAAUAACACCAAUCUUGAAGGACUGGGAGAAGAAGUAUCCAAAUUUAGAACGAAAACUGAGACACAGAGACAAAAAGGCAAAGCAAGGAGAGCAGGAACAAGUUAGAGCCGGUAGUGGAGGGAGAAGACAAAGUAUGAUACGACCUGUUUCCUCAAAGAAGUCAUCAGUUAGUAACAAGAAAAGUGUUAACUCUAACAAGAAGAAGAAGGAUAAGAAAUAGGAAAAGUAAUAAUUCUGACAAGAAGAAGGAAAACGAAUAUCAUUUAUCAUUAAUAUUUAUUGUAUUGUGUAGUUCAUAUGAAAUUGUUACUGAAAGUUGCUACGUCUUUUAAGUUUUACUUGUAAUUAGAUUGUUUGGAAAGUAAAGGUAUAUAAAAUAAAAAAAUAUAUAUGACACUGAAGAUGUAUUGUUGUA